AUGACGACCUCUCAUCUGACCAUCGACUCGGACCAGCAGAAGAUAAAACUGGCUGUGUUGGGAGCACCGGGUGUAGGAAAGACUUCCAUUGUCAAACAGUUCGUGUGCAACCACUUCGAGGAGGACUACGAGCCAACAGACCGGAAACACGUGUACCUUCCGUCUGUCAUCAUCAACGAUCACCUAUAUGAAUUAAAAAUCAUAGAUUGCCCAUACAUUCCAUACUUCCCAGUGAAUUCUCUGUACGAAUUUACGGACUUCCGGGGCUAUGGCUUACGAAAUGCCACGGCCUAUAUUUUAGUGUAUGACGUCACUUCCGAGGAUAGUUUCCAGUAUAUUAAAUCAUUACGCGAUCAGAUUUUGGAAAGUCGCAAUAUGCAUGACGUUCCACUUUUUGUUGUCGGAAACAAACAUGAUUUGUCAGAUGAGCGUGGGAAGUUUCGACGAGAGGUCGCAAAUUUAGUAAAGAAACAAUGGAAAUGUGGCUACGUAGAAUGUUCGGCAAAAUUCAACUGGCAUAUCGUGUUACUGUUUAAGGAACUCAUGAAGGCCGUGGAUUUCAUCGAUUAUGGUCAUAAGCCCACGGCUGUGAGAGUGCAGGAUGCUCUGCGGCGAAACAGAUGCGUCAUUUUAUGA